AUGGGCUGGAGGCUCUCAUUCGUUUCCUCUCCGUCAGCAGUCUUCCUGUCACUACUGCUGGCGUGCCUGACGCUCGCGAUCGAGCUCGACACCACCGACACGGCCUCCAUCUCCGCGUCCGCCUCAACCGUCGCCUCGGGACUGUUCAAGGCGUACUACAAUGCCAACUCUACAGCGGGAGACUUCAACCAGCCGAAGCCGUGGUACUGGUGGCUCUCGGGCUCGGGCUGGAACGGGCUGAUGGACUAUACCAUUCUCACCAAGGAUACGCAGUAUCAGACAGCCCUCCUGGCCGCCAUAUCGGAGAACCUCGGCUCAAACUUCGACUUUGCGCCUGCGGAGCAACAGGGCUGGGAGGCAAACGACGAUCAGAUGUAUUGGGUGUACAAUGCGCUGACCGCGAUGGAGUAUAACCUCACAACCGUCGAGGGAGCGCCGGCGUGGGUGACCAUCGCCGAGAACGCCUUCAACGCGUUCGCGCAGAGGUGGGAAGCCGACAGCCCGACAUGCGGCGGGGGCCUGAAGUGGCAAUAUGACAAGACCGCGAACGGCUACUUCUACAAGAACGCUGUGACGAACGGGGGUUUCCUCCAGGUUUCCGCCAGGCUGUCCCGGUACACGGGCAAUACGACAUAUGCCGAAUGGGCCGGGAAGAUCUGGGACUGGUCUGUUGCGGUCGGGCUUGUCGGACCGCAGUUCAAUGUCUUCGAUGGGGCAUCCGACGAAGGGACUGGCAACUGCAGCGCCAUGUCUGCGGACCAGUGGUCAUACAACGUCGCGACCUAUAUGAUGGGUGCUGCCAACAUGUAUGCAUACAACGGUGCUAUGGGGUUUCCGGAGCAGCAGGUCAUCUGGGGAUCGCGAGUCGCUGGACUGGUGGCCGCGGCGAAUGCGACCUUCUUCUCCCCGCCGACGAAUAACGCCACGGGUGUCAUGUAUGAGCGGAAGUGUGAAGUCACGUCGGAGUGCGACCUGGACCAGACGAGCUUCAAGAGCAGCCUGUCGAGGUGGAUGGGGAAGGCAGCGGUGCUGGUCCCUAGUGUCAAGGACAACAUCAUGACGCUGCUCAGCACCAGCGCGAGGGCGGCAGCUGCGAGCUGCACAAACGGGACCACGACCGUCUCCUGUGGCAUGAAGUGGUGGACGGCCGAUGGAUUUGAUGGGUACUCGGACUUCGGGUCGCAGCUCAGCGCGUUAGAGGUCAUACAGAGCCUGCUGGUGACAAGCACCGCGGAGCCGACGACGUUGAUUCCGGCCGCGUAG